AAGGAAUCCAACCAAAGUCCUUGCAGUCUUUAGAAGUAUUUCUGUAAGACAAGAGCUGUCUUUUGGGUUAAUGUUUUACCGUGAUGCGAGAGUGCUUCAAAGUUCACGUUAAAACCACGACUUUUCUGUAAACAGGUUUGUGUCCAUGGCAACUAGUCGUCAGUCUUGAGCCUCAAGAGUCUAAUUUCGGCACAAUUUUCCAUUGACUGAAAGAUUAUUCAGAAGUGUUUUACAAUCGUCAGAUACCGAAGAGAAAAGCUAGAAUAAUGGAACUGUACAUCAACAAACUUGAAGAAAACCUGUGAUUCAAUUAGGGUGGCAGAAUGUAAAACUAAAGAAAUUCGAUCCACCUGCACCAGUUCUGAACAAAUUUAAAAAUGAAGAAGAAUGAUGAUGGAAAUUGUGCAGACUCUCAGGAGGAGAGAAAUGUGGAAUCGGCUGAAUCUCUGAAGGCAAACUCUGAAAGUAUUCUGAUCAAAGCUAGGAGCAGAUUUUCAUUGCCCAUAAUUACAGCUUGGUGGAGAAACUACAGAAGAGAUUUUCCUCCGAAAGAUGAGAUUGAUGAGGAUGGCGUUUAUCAAUGUAUUAAACAAAAACACUCCGCGCUGGCAGAAGACAUAGAGCUAUCAAACAGUGUUGAGAGCGUAUCUUCUCCGUCUUACUAUACAAAAAUAUGCCAGCACACUCUGAAACAGAGGAUUUUGGAUGUUAUGAAAUCCAAAAGUUCUGGCAGUAUUUACUAUUUGGAAGACAUUGAAAAUGGGAAAAUGACAGUUGAAUGUGCAGAAAACAUAUUCAGCACAAUUUCCACGAUGGAAAGAAAUAUUAUAUUCCUAUGGGCAGCUUUAAACAAAAGAGUUGAAUUUCUUGAAAUCCUGCACAAAUUUGGAGUUGAUAUUCACUUCAGUGAACCCACAGAAGGUUUUACAGCCCUUCAUCUUGCAGCCUUCAAUGAUAAUGUGGAUUGUACUAUAUUUCUUAUAUCAUGUGGAGUCGAUGUUAAUUUCACACCUCGUAAAUACACACCACUUGAAACUGCAUGCUUUCAUAAUUCUUUCAGGGUUGCAAAAUUGCUUUUGGACAAUGGUGCAAUAAUAAAUACUGCUAAGAAGGCCCAAAAUAAAGAAACAGCUUACUAUGGCUCGCCACUUUGUUCUGCAGUGAAAGCAAAUGCUACUGAAUGUUUGCAGCUGCUUUUAGAGGAAGGUGCUGAAAUGAAUUGUAAAGAAAUGGGUGAAACUUCACCGUUACAUAUUGCUACUGAGAUGGGCCACUUGCACUGUAUGAAGAUUCUUUUGGACAGUGGUUACGAUCCAAAUUUGGCCGCAACAGACACAAGAAACACCGCCCUUCACCUUGCAGCUGAAGGGGGCUUCAAUGAAUGUAUCUCACUGCUGUUACAUAAUGGUGUGAAUGCAGAUGCAAGAAAUUGUAAGGGGCAAACUGCAUUACACUUAGCAGCGUAUGCUCAGUCAGUGGAAUGUGUUGACAUUUUACUACAAAGAGGAGGCUGUAAUCCAAACUCUCAGGAUAAUGAAAAGCGCACACCGCUUCACUCAGCAGUAGGAGGAGGUCUGAAUGCAUAUGAGAUAACUGACCUAUUAAUUAAACACGGGGCUGACGUUAAUACUGGAGACAUAUUUGGCUAUACUCCUCUUCAUGUAGCUGCGUUGAAUGAAAAUACACAGUGCGUAAAAUUAUUGAUAAGCAAUGGUGCAGAUGUUAGUGUAAAGACAAAAGGUGGUAACCCUGCACUUGGUAUUAUUGUUCGUAAGACACCGUUGGCACUUCCGGUGUUUUACAAAAAACUGGACACUGCAAUAUUAAUGCAUGAUCCUGAAGUGUCAUCAAAAAGAGAGGUAAUACUGAAGCUAGAUUUCAGAAUUUUCCUGCAACAUUGCCAAAAAGGAGAGAUGAAUUUCUUGAAAACAUUUAUUGAUGAAGGGCAGAAAGAAAUUCUGGAGCAUCCAAUAUGCAAGGGACUUGAAAAGACCGCAGGAUUAUCUAAACUCGUACGACAAACAAAACUCAUUUCUGACAUAGAAUUAUCAUUAUUUAGCAGCUGGUUGCCCAAUUAUAUUCUGAUGCUGAUCCAUCGUACAGCUUUAAUUUCGCCUUCUGGUUAUAGAGUUGUGUUGCAAGUGAAACCACUCAAUCACCAAGAAAAGAGGCUGCCAAAAGACAUACUGAAAGACGCUUAUGAAAUAGCUAAAUCAAGAAAAUGUGGUACACCUGUUCCUUCUGUAACUUCUCACAUUCUUUCAUUUAUUGGAAAUGAGCAAAACUCAGUUAAACAUCUCCCAGAUGAGUCAACACAUGUCAAGAAAUUGCAAAGGGAAGUAGAAAGAGGAACUACGGCUAUUGCUAAGCUAACGGAUGAAAUCCAAGAACUGAAGUUAAUGAUCAGAGGUAUUAAGAUGGUGUCCUCACCCGACAGGAUUUUAUAA